AAGUUCCUCAAGAUGCCGCGAGUAUACAAGCCCGGCAAAGUCGCGAUUGUGCUGCAGGGACGCCAGGCAGGCAAGAAGGUCGUUGUGAUCAAACAGCUAGAUGAGGGUACCAAGGAACGACCAUACCCUCAUGCGAUCGUUGCGGGCGUCGAGCGCUACCCGCUCAAGGUCACCCGGCGUAUGGGUGCGAAGAAGUUGGCGAAGCGGAGUAAGAUCAAGCCGUUCAUCAAGGUGAUUAACUACUCGCACCUCUUCCCGACACGGUAUGCACUCGAGCUCGAGGGCCUCAAGGGCACUGUUACCUCGGAGACAUUCAAGGAGCCGUCGCAACGGGUGGACUCGAAGAAGCAGAUCAAGAAGCUGCUGGAGGACAGGUACCAGAGCGGGAAGAACAAGUGGUUUUUCCAGCCUCUCAGGUUCUGAGUGUGGAUGUUGUUCGCCAUGUUUUGAUGCACGCUCCUGUAUUGUUAUCCCGUGCUUUCCUCGGCCUUAUGCAAUGACUUAUGCGGUGUACCAUGGAUUGCAUGACCAUAUGGCAUUGUGCACUUGCUUCGCGUAUCAAUCACGCUCGCGGAGAUCAUGUAACGCCUACGCUUGCCGCUUUUCCCGUUGCCUAGUCGUACGAUACUGUGGACAAUUGAAAGGCCUAGACAUGAAUACCAAGUCUCUUUCCCACC